GGGAGGCGGGGUCCGGGAAGGAGGGGGCCGCGGGGAGGCGGCGGGAGCGCCGUCCCAGCCCAGAGCUUCAAAACAGCCCGGCGGCCUCGCCUCGCGUCCCAGCCCGUCCGUCCGUCCAGCCUCCAGCGCCGGCCGCGUCGGGUGAUUGGAGGACCCAGGCUUUGCAGGCAGAAUCCUCCUCAGCGGCUUCUGCCUGGAGCACUGCCAAAUCCCAGUGUCUUGCCUGUCAUCGUUUCCGGACAGAGCGCAGUGUUGGCUUUGUGCUCAGAAAUCCCAGCCGUGAACAUCUCUCCCUGGGCUCUACGAGUGACCAUCGCCCUACCCUGCUCUGUGAAAAUGUUGGUGCUCCUUGCAUUCAUCAUAGUCUUCCACAUUACCUCCGCGGCAUUGCUUUUCGUCUCCACCAUCGACAAUGCCUGGUGGGUAGGAGAAGUGUCUUUUGGGGACAUCUGGAGAGUAUGCUCCAGCAGCAUGAAUUGUACCGAAAUCAGUGAUGCCACCUAUCAAGGUUUCUCCACGCUGCAGGCCGUCCAGGCCUUCAUGAUCCUCGCCACCACCCUCUGCUGCAUCGCCUUCCUCAUCUUCAUCCUCCAGCUGUUCUGCCUCGAGCAAGGGGAGAGGUUUGUGCUGACCUCCAUGGUCCAGCUCCUGUCGUGCCUGUGUGUCAUGAUCGCGGCCUCCAUCUACACGGACCGGCGCCAGGACCUUCACGACAGCAACUGGGAGCUGUACACCUGGGAUGGCGGCUACGGCUACGCCUUCAUCCUGGCUUGGGUGGCCUUCGCCUUCACCCUCAUCAGUGGCCUCAUGUAUCUAAUACUGAGGAAGCGCAAAUAAAACCCCGCAAGCCAGGUGCUUUCACCACAGUCCAGAAUCCACAUUCAAAUAACCGUUUUGUAUAUAAUAAUUUUUUUGGUGUUUUUUUCUAGCAAACAUAUUGUUUCCUUUAAAAGCCAAAAAAGUAAAAAGAAAAGAAGAGAAGAGUUUUUGCAUUCUUGAGAUCAGAGAAUAGACUCUGGAGGCUGGUUCCGAACUCCCUUCCCGCUGAACGUUCCAUCAAGGCAAAGCCACAGAAAUCCAGUUGAUCAGCAGGAGGUUUCUUAGCCAUGGGGAUGUGACGAGAGACUAAGAACGCCAAUCGGGGACACAAUCCCCCAGGUCUCGGCCGGGCCACGCCCCUCCUCACCCCAGCUUCCCUCUCCUGAGCUCUCUGUCCGUGGUGGGAAGUGGGGUGAGGAGAGGUCUGGGUGAUGGGUGAAGCCUGCUCAGAUGUUAGCCCAGGUUCCCUGUGAGAACUGGGUGAAGCCCCCUGUGUUCUGCCGUCUCCAAACCACAGUCGCAGCCCUCGCGUGAUGCCCCAGACACAGAUGGAAAAAGUGCCACCCAAAUUUGCUGACCUAGUUGCCUGCCUGCCAGCUGGGGAUCAGAUUUAAGCUUAUCCCAACACAGAGUCUCAAAAUGUGACCCCCACAGCAGCUUUUAAAAUGCAGGCCCUUGGGUGCAUCUGAAUCCGAGUCUUCGGGCAGGGCCUGGGAAUCUGCCUUUCUAACAAGCCGCGGGUGAUGCUUAGGGGCGAGAAAUUGGGGGACCCCAGUCCCGGGGCCAGGGGAGCAGAGCUGCCUCACGAACCUCACAGGUCACAUUACAUGGAGAUGAGAAGUGGGUCCGGACCCCACCACGGGUCAACACCGUGGCCUCCAUCAGCUCUUGAUUCUUCACUCUCUUCCACAGCUGCUGAUGUCUGGGCCACCCCAACUCCAGUCCCUGCCAUGCACCCCAAUGGCCAGGCACCCUGGCAGGGGCAGCCCCUUCCCACCCUAACUCGGAAGACCUCUGCCCUCUUACUGCCCUGCACGCUAAGGCUGGCUGACUUCCAGUAACCCCUCUCUCUGGAGCCUCAGGGGACCCAUCCACCAUUCGCUCAUUCAUUUGUCAACAUAAAUUAUUGAGUGCUUGCUGCGUGUCUCUCUCCUCAUGGGGGUCAUGGCCCUAGUGGAGGAGACAGACUACAAACUGCAAAUAAUUUACAGGCUGCAGAGAACACAACCAAGGAUUCAAAUUAGAGGCCCGUAGGGUGGGAGGGAACCUGCUCUGUGUGUGCCUAUGUUUAAAUGUUCCUGGAGGCAUUUAGAUCCGUUAAAUACAGCGCUAUUCAGCUCUUGCAGGUGGCAUUUAUUGGGCAGUACCCAUCUGCUUUACACCUGAAGAACCCUUACUUCCAGGAGGGUUCCACGGUCUUGACAGCAAACAAAGCCGCAAGACCAUCCCAUGGAGCCGUGGUUCUGAAACUUAAGUGGGCACAAGUGCCCUUCGGAAGAAUCCGACUCAGCAGGGCCUGGGCAAAGCCUGGGAACAUGAACGGGCACCCCAGCCAAUUCCAGGACUCUACUGAGAAAUACGGCUUCGGGGAGUUGGUCUUUAGGUAUGAAAGCCCUAUUAGGUGUGUGGCAAAGCGGGUGACCCCGGAAAAUGCCCCAUGGAGGCAGCUCUCGGCACCUCGCCGCCUUUUCCCACUUGUGUUGCGCGUGCUGCUGGGAGGUGUGUGUGUGUCCGCGUGUGCUCUGUCCCCCUCUCGGCCCUGGUGCCCUUUGCAUGCUGGUGCACUUGACCUUCUGCUAAGUGGAUCGAUGAAUUGCCAUCAGCCCGGUUCCGGCAGAACGAGGAAGACAUCUGGCUUGAGCAGUUUUAGGACCACCAAGGACACAUUUUUAAUGCAGAAUUGGGUUUUCUCUUUCUUCUUCAUCCACCUGCUCAUUCAUUCAUUCAUUCAUCAUUUUCAACAAAUAGUCCUGAAAGCUUACUCUGUUCUGGGUGUGGUGUACUCUGCUCCAGGCGUGGCGUGAGGCUCUGAAAAUACAGGGGUGGGCAGUCCAGAGAGCCCUCCUGCCCUGGGGGAUGUGCAGCCUCUGAGGCGGGACCCCUCCUCUGGAGAGGCAGCCAGUGACGGGGGGCAGAGGCAGGACAAACGCACCGCCUGGACAGAACACUGUCACUCGCUGGGGUUGGCAGGAUUCUGCCUGAGCCUCAUGGGGGAAGCUGGGGCUCAAGAGCCCCCAAGCUUUCUACCCAGGUGGCUUUUCUAUACUUUUCCAGGAGUCACAAUGGAAACAAAGACAAACAAAAAGUCCCUUAGAACCAGAGGUCUGGAAAGCCAAACCUCCAAGCAAUGCAUGAAUUCCUUUCACAAAUACCCAAACAUUUUCUGUUGCAGACAGUUUGAAAUUACCCAGUGGCUUUUCCUGGCUGGUUGCCACAUGUAUUUGGGAAGUGGAGUAAAAGGCAACAGCAUCUGGGAAGAAAUAUCUAAGCCUUCUCACUUGUAGGAAGGAUCAGCCCUUACUUGAUGCUUAUUAUCAGAUAUUCAAGAACAACAACAACAAAAAUUAGCUGAGACACCCAAGAAGGAAAUAUUAGGACCAACCAUAUUAUUUUACUCUGGUAACAACUGUAUUUGGAGGAACUGUAGUUUGCGCAUUUUAGGACAUUUUUAUAAAGAAGUACUGUAAUUCUUUUGUGAAAGGGCCACGUAACGGAGAUAGGCUAGACUGACGCGUUUGGUUAUUGGCAUUAAAAUGGCAUUGGGUCUCUUCAAAUGGGUUUGGAGAAUGCUCUGUGUGAAUUAUGUAUAUACACAUACCUGAAUACAGGACAAAUGCAGACCUCCCCCAUUCCUACACUGUGUCACCGGUCACUUACCUGUGUACACUUCCCUAGGUCUUAGGAGGCUCUGUAUUAACUGAUCAUGAAGAAACCCAGAACCCCCGGCCUGUCAUAAACACACUAAACCCCAGAUCCUAGAUGGACGCUGUAUCAUAGUUUACAACCUGCCUGCGUGGGGAAUUACUAAACUUGCUAAUAGUAUAAAGGUCACUUACGAUAUAGAAAUUGUACAAUUUUGUAUAUUGGGAGGCAGUGGUGAUGGGGAAAGACUUGGGAAAGGCCUAGAAGUUAAAUCUGAAUCUUGGUUUGGGGACUAAUGUGAUUUCAGAGUAGUUAGAUUCUUUUUACUUAAUGUGCUUUUAAAAUAGUCCAUUUUUUAUGUUUUGUAUAAUCAGAAACUGUACAUGAAAAAUAAAGUUGAAAAGCAAAUUGCCUGGAGAAACAGACUGUAAUGUUCCCAGUGUGAUACCAUCUAGGGUCAGUGCCGGCAAGCAGGGGGAGAACACACUGGGUGGCAGGGGCCACUCGGAUUUCUGAGGAGGACACAGCAAACACCUGAUGAGUGACAAAUCGCCAUAGGACUGUCCCUCUGUUUCCUUAACACCAGCUUCACGGACGACCAGCCCACGCGUCACACAGGACCCCAUGCUGCGGAGGCCCCACGCCUGCCGGGGGGAUCUGCUGGUGCCGACGUGAAACUUUUCAUAUUUGAACAAGCCGCCCCAUGUUUUCAUUUUGCACUGGGCCCCGCAAACUAUGGAGCCACUCCUGUUCUUCCGUUUGUGGUUAAUAAAGACUCUGCUUUAAAGGGUGGGAUGAUGAUGAAAAUCAGACUGUCUAUAGCACACUCUGCUGAAAAAUGAAAUUGGGGGUGGUGGAGAGGAAAAGAUCUUUGGUUUUUGACCAAGAAAUGCCAAAAACAGUAAAAGCUGUCUGUUUCGGAACCACACUUCUUGCUUCUACACUGGGGUUGCAAACUAAAACCUCCAGGGGACCAAUAUCGUAUUUCUGUUUCUAGUUUUAUUUUUGUCCAUGUGGCAGGUGGAUGGUGGUCACCCCAGAGAAGUCAGUUUUACAUUCCUUCCAUUCAGGAACUCAGCCUGUCAUUCAUCCAACAAAUAUCCGUUCCAGCUAUGGCACAGGCUGUGCUCCUUGUUGGGUACAUCAUGAUAAACUCAGUCUCUGCCGGAUCUAGACUAUUCUAGUCCCAGUUUCAACUUUCCAGGAGUUAAAUUCUGAUUGGUCUAUCUUGGGUCAUGGACCCAUUCAUUGUUGCUCCAAUAACUUGACUGGAGUAAGGGGGAUGUCAAAUUAUAUAAACAUAGAUAGCAGAGGGCUGAAUCCUGUGGAAGUUUGCACAAAAAGGGGCCGGGAAGACACUCCAAAUGGGAGAUCUCUUGGUCUAAUACAAGAGUUGGCAAACUAGGGCCCAUGGGCCAAGACUAGCCUGCCACUUGUUUUCGUUUGGCCUAUGCACUAAAAAUGAUUUUUACAUUUUUCAAUGGUUGGGGAAAAAAUGAGAAGAAUAAUAAUACUUUGUGACACGUAAGAAUUAUAUGAAAUCCAAAUUUCAGUGUCCAUAAAUAAAGGUUUACUGGAACACAGUCA